AUGGCUUCGGGUAUGGAUGUGAUCGAAAAGUCGGGCCCUGGGCACAUGCCCCAGGCCGCGGUCCACGAAAAAAAGGACCCUGGCGACCUACCCAUUGGCGUCGCAAAGAUGUCUGCAAUGUCCAGCCGACUCUCUCGGCGAUUUCGCGUAGCCAUCUUCACGUCGAUCUUCCUCGUCGGUUUCGCCUACGGCCUGGCAUCGAACCUGACAGGCGUCUAUCAGGCCUACGCAACCGCUUCUUACAGCAGGCACUCGCUGCUGGCCACCUCCAACACGCUCCGCGUCGUCUUUGCCGUCGCUGCACAGCCGGUUGCCGCCAAGCUCACCGAUGUGCUCGGCCGCUUCGAGAUCAUUUGGCUGUGCAGUCUCUUUUUCGUCACCGGCCUCAUCGUUCAGGCUAGCUCCAACAAUGUGGCCAGCUUUGUUGCCGGCGCAAUCCUGCAGCAGGUCGGGCUGUCCACGACACAGGUUAUGGUCGAGGUUAUUGUUGCCGACCUCAGCACGACCCGGCUCCGUCUAUUCUGCUACACGAUCCCUAACCUACACUUCAUUGUCACUAUCUGGCUCUCGGGCGAAAUCUCCUCCUCGAUGCUGUCGCACUCGUCAUGGCGCUGGGGGAUCGGCAUGUGGCCCAUUGUGUACAUUGCCUGCCUCAUCCCCUUCGUUGCACUGAUGAUGCUGGGCGAGCGUAGUGCCCGCAAGAAGGGGGCGCCCGUGCUCAAGGCUGACUGGCGCAUGGUCCUAAGGCAGCUUUUCUGGCAGAUUGAUGCCAUCGGCCUUGUUCUCGUCAUGGCCAUCCUGGCUCUCAUCCUCGCGCCCGUUAGUCUCGCCGGCGGUGUGUCGAGUAAGUGGGAGAGCCCUAGCGUCAUUGCCCCCAUUGUCGUCGGUGUCGUCCUCAUCCCUGUCUUCAUCUUUUGGGAAAUACGGGCCCCGCACCCGCUGCUGCCCUUUGAGCAUAUACGUGACCGAUCCGUAUGGGGGGCCCUCGGUGUUGGCGUCUUCUUCAAUUUCGCUGUGGCCAUGCAGCGCGGCUUCCUUUAUACCAUCCUAGUGGUUGCCUUUGACUUCUCCGUCAAGGCGGCCACCCGUGUCAGCACUGUCUACAGCUUCAUGUCUUUUAUCUGCGGACCGCUUGUUGGUCUGGCCGUCUAUCGUGUUCGGCGACUCCGGCCUUUUAUCCUCUUUGGCGUCAUUAUCUUCACCGUAGCGUUUGGCCUUCUUGUCCGUUAUCGUGGUGGCCAAGGUACGAAUAAUAAGGCCGGCAUCAUUGCAGGGCAGGUUCUGCUCGGUCUCGGCGCCUCCUUUUUUGGCUAUGCGGCCUCAGUUGCCAUGCAGGUAACCCUUAAGCAUGAGCAUAUGGCUGUCAUGAUCGCCCUCUUCUUCUCAUUCCAGCUCAUCGGGAACGCCUUGGGUAGCAGUGUCUCCGGAUCUAUUUGGAACCAGGUCUUGCCGAAACAGCUAGGACAGAGGCUGGGCAACCAGACCCAGGCCAUGCAGGUCUUUGUCAACCCGUUCGCCAUGGCUGCACAAUUUCCCAUCGGCACAACGACCAGGUCCGCAAUUGUCGAGAGCUACCAGUACGUUCAGAGGAUCCUCUGCGCCGUCGGACUCGGGCUCUGCCUCCCGACCAUGGCCUUUGCCGCCGUGAUGCGCGAUCCCGAACUCAACGAUCAGCAGACUCUAGCGGUCAGUGACGACGACAGAAGUGCGGAACUCCGCCCAGGCACUGUCUCGGGUACCAACGAGAAAGUAGCACUCGGAUCAAGUUCUUGA